AUGAUUGUUAAGACAAAUCUAAUUUUAUUUGCUAUCAACUCAAUUAUUGGUGAUACAACAAAAUGUAUCGAUGAACUUGUUGAUGGUAAACAUUUGUUGAAAUUUAUAAAGGAAUUAGAGAAUACAAAAAAUUCAUCCUUACGAUCUUCAAUUCCAGGUGAACUUGAUAGAAAUGGAAUUUUCACCUUCAUAUUAGGUUAUAUUUCAAAAAAUAUAGAAUUUAUUGAUCAGAUAUAUUCAUCAUCAACAGUUCACAAAACAACAAAAACAAUUCCUGAAAUUUAUGGAGGUGUUGAUAUAAAUAAACGUAAACGUGUAGGUGCUUUUUCUGGUACCGAUUGUCAUCUUCCUUAUAAAGUUAGUCGUACGAAUGAAGGUACAAGUGAUUUCAUCAAUGCCAAUCUUAAUAAUAAUCGAAAUAAAGGUAUUAAUCAACUUGAUUCUGUUAAUGCACGUGAACUUGACUUAACUGAUAAUAUUUAUAAUGAUGAUUUAGGUUAUGAAAAUGCUACAAAAACUCAAACAACAACUGUUAUGAGUUCAAGUACACGUGGUUUAAGUGAUGAUGCUAACGAUGCUUAUUCAGGUCUUCAUAAUUUAAAAAGUACACCAAAUCUUCGAUUAAGUAUUAUGAGUUCACAUGAACAUAAUUUAACUAGUGAUGUUAGUGGUGUUGAUUCAGGUUUUAUUAGUUUAAAAGAUGCACCAAAUCUUGAAACAACUAUUAUGAGUUCAUGUCGACCUAGUUUAAUUGAUGGUGCAGAUAGUGCUUAUUCAGAUUCUAAUAAUUUAAAAAGUGCACCAAAUCAUCACUCAUAUACUUUUAAUGCGUUCGGAGAUAUUGUCAAUCCUAAUGGAAAAGAAAAAGGUAAUCAAUAA